UGGGAAACACAACCCAAGCGGAGAGAGACGGUGGAAGACGCGUGGUAACGUCCUCGGCUCUUCGGUGCCCAAAUAUCUGGCAGCCAAGUGAGAGGUUCGUAAACGUCGCAGGUCCUGGACGAUACCAACUGCGCGGAUUAAAGCGGGGGGGGGUGCGAAGGGAGAAAACCCGGCGUUUCUAACACGCGUCCAGGGGGAAUACCUGCUUUAUUUCUGCUUCUCUUUUUCUUUUUCUUUUUUACUCGUCGCUCACGAGAGGGUCGGAGGCUCCGGGCUGCGCUGACUCGGCGAGUCAUAUUUGGGGUGUCCCCUCCCCUCCAGCUCCGGGAAGCGCUCCCUCCUCAGUUUGAGGCUUCCUUACCCCGUCCGCGGCCGUUCCCCGCGACUCCGGGACCUCCCGUCGGACGUGCGCUAGCGGAGCAGAAGAUGCGCGUGUAGGAAAGCGGGCGCAGCGCGACCAUUGGAGGCGCGCGGCUGUGUUGCUGUGGCGCGGGCUCGUCUCGCGGCUUGAUACACGCCCUGCCCGCCCCUCCCUCGGACGUGUGGUGCCUGCCAUGCCGGGGCGAGACUGACGGGCCAUGGAUCCCGAGGAGCUCGAGCUGCAGAAUGACUCCCGCUAUCGUAAUUACGGACUCGUCAUCGAGAAGGCGCUGCGGAACUUCGAGUCCUCCAGCGAGUGGGCCGACCUCAUCUCCUCCCUGGGCAAGCUCAAUAAGGCGCUGCAGAGUAACCUGCGCUACUCCCUCCUGCCCAAGAGGCUGAUCAUAGGGAAGCGUCUGGCCCAGUGCCUGCACCCGGCCCUGCCCAGCGGCGUGCACCUGAAGGCCCUGGAGACCUACGAGGUCAUCUUCAAAAUCAUUGGAACAAAAUGGCUGGCGAAGGAUCUCUUCAUUUACAGCUCAGGAUUGUUCCCGCUGCUCGGCCAUGCGGCCAUGGCAGUCAAGCCGGCCCUGUUAACUCUGUAUGAGCGCUACUACCUCCCCCUGCAGAGGGCCUUGCUGCCAAGUCUCCAGGCCUUUGUCACAGGACUCCUGCCGGGUCUGGAGGAGGGGCUAGAGGUCUACGACAGGACUGAUGCAUUGUUGCUGAGGCUGUCUCUGCUGGUAGGCCAGCAGGUUUUCUAUGGUGCCCUGUGGGGCAGCAUGCUGGUCAGUCCCCAGGUGCGACUGCCGGCCUCGCUCUUCAUAGUCACACACUUUGACCGCAUGGCGCCCCCGCGCCAGCAAACCCACAUGCUUGGCUACAACCACGACAUGGCGAUAAAGGCAGUGUGUCUGUCUCUGCAAGACUCCAAUGUCCUGGUGCAAAGGAACAUGCUCGAGAUCCUCCUUUACUUUUUCCCCUUUGCUGCUUGUCUGGACCCGGAGGAGGCCAGCAUCCCUCUGAGUGGCGAGGAGAUAGUCACAGUGGUGUCCGCCGCCUCGCUCACCCUGCUCCGCCGAGACAUGUCCCUCAACAGGCGUCUGUACGCCUGGCUUCUAGGUACAGACACAAAGGGGGAAAUGGUGGCCCCACACACUUCCUUAUCUUCCACAGCUGAGGAACACGCAGCCUUCUACUUCAACACCUACUCCAGAGACCUCCUUGUUAAGGCUGUGAUCAACAUCCUGCAGCAAAAAGACGUCGAGAGCGACCCAGAAAAUGUGAUCGGCUACCUCAAGCCCUUCCGCAUCAUCAUCAGUCUGCUGGAUAAACCGGAGAUAGGUCCGGCGGUUCUGAGCUGUGUGCUGCUGGAGGUGGUCCGGGCCUUCCACUGCUACUGCUGCGAGAUGGUCGGAGAGGAAACCGUCUCCAACUCGGCACUCACAGGCAAAGAGAUAGCCAGUAAAAUAAAAGAGAACAAGAACGCGUCGGAGAUCAUAAAGACGGUGAACAUGCUGGUGAGCUCCAUGGACAGCGAGUACCUGUGGGACUACAUGACCCAACGCUUCUGCUCCUCUCUCAGUAGUGAUCCAGAUGACCAACCAGUCCCUCCCCAGCAGGACUGCGGCCAUCCUGCCCCCUCGGUCACAGAGAUGUCCACCCUCAUCAUGUUCCUGCUAGAUGUUAUUCCUCUGGAGCUCCAUGCGGACAUCCAGUCCCAGUUCCUUCCUGAUAUGCUGAGCUGUAUGCUGCGGGCCCUGCGCCUCCACAUGGCCACGAUGGAGCUGGCAGAGCUCACACAGGGCCUGCGUGCCUGCUUCAAAAUCCUGAGUAAGAUCCAAAUGCCCGUGGCCUAUAUGGACAUGGAGUCGGGCUCACCCACGCAAGAGACGGAGUCACAGGCGACCCAGGAGGAGACGGCCAAACAAGACCAGGAUGCGGGACUGGAGGGGGAGGAAGGCGGCGAUGUCGUGCAGGUUAACAGUCACAGUGAAGAUGAUGAGGUGAACCGGGAUUUGGAGCGAGAGGCGGAGCCUGCGGAGGGCAUUUUCCCGCCGCUCCGGUCUGAAGACAGCGGAUUAGGCGUCAGCGCCUCACCGUCGGAGCAGCACCUCAUCCCAGGCGUGGGAAUGGGCUCAGAGGCCACGAGGAUAUGCAGGGAAAACGAAGGGGUGUGGAGGAAGGGAGGGAGCGUGGACACCAUGACCCAGUAUCUGUUCGACAUCAUGGCUUUCAUCACCAUGAGAUACCUGCUGGUCCAGGUGGAGGACGUCAAGAAACCAGAAGAGAAGCCACAGCCCAACCUAACUGCUGCUGUUCUGGAUCAGAAGCUUCCAUUUGCAAGCCUUGGGGGCCGCGAGAUUAAAGAUAAACUGGCGGAGCUGUUCACGCCGAACAAACUUAAAACUCGCCCAGUAUCUGAUCCCCAGCCCUCAGCGAUCCCAAUAGAGAGGAAGAAGGAACGGAGGCGUGUGGGAUAUCUGGACUGGGCAGCUGGCUACAUGCCCCGGGGCAGGGCAGAAAUCUCGGAGGCCUGCCGACAGGCCUUCACGGCCACCUGCCAUCUGCUGCUGGAGUGCACCACCUUCCCUGUCUACCUGAGUGAAGAGGAGAGUCUGGCUCUAUACAAUGUCAUGUUCAACCAUACAGGGAGUGACAUGGACAGUCUGCCAGUGUGGCUGAGGUCCUUGAUGACCCUCUGCUGCCUGUCCAGGGACUACAGUGUCCAACACACUGCGGUGGCCUCUCUGCUUGAGCUCAUCAACCACUCCCAGUCCCUGGCACUGGUCAUCCAGGACAAACACAAACGCUACCAGACCUUGGACUCCAACCCCCUGAGCGGGCAACUGCAGAUGGUCACUGUGCCACCCAUCUACCCUGCCAUACUCGGUGCUAUUGAGGAUGGAACGGAUUUCUACCAGCGGGUGUCCCAGGUGCUGUGGAACCAGCUGGACACCGAGCGGAGAGAGCAGCACAUCUCCUGUGUCGAACUCUUCUAUCGGCUCCACUGUCUGGCUCCCUCGGCCGCCAUCUGUGAGGACAUCAUCUGCCAGGCGUUGCUGCACAAGGAAAAGGCUGUGAGGCUGGAGGCGCUACACCGCUUCUCGGUUCUGUGGCACCUUACCCGGGAGAUCCAGACCAACCGGACCAUGUCCCUCAACCGCUGCUUUGACCGGUCCUUGUGCAUUGUGGUCGACAGUCUGAGCAGCUCCGACGGCUCAAUGAGCGCAGCCGCUCAGUGCUGGCUGGUCAGGGCUCUGUCCCUCGGCGACGUGGUCCGCAUCCUGGAGCCCAUCCUGCUGCUGCUGCUGCACCCCUCCACACAGCGCUGCUCCAUUCAGAGCAUCAAACACAACCUCACCGCCGGUAACCUGAAGGCUCUAAGCAGUAGGAGUUCCAUCAAGAAUUCUGGGAAUUCUGCGGAUGCCACGGCAGCGGGGGACGCCAUUUUGAAUCACGUGAACCUCGUGGACCGGGAGCGCCUGUGGGCCGAGUUGGAGAGUAACCCAGAGUUGACGAAAGCGGCUGAUACUUUAAUGGCAUUCAGGAGCGAGAGUGAAGCUACAGAAGAGGAGGACAUGGGGGAGGAAGGAGAGGGGGAGGAGGAGGAGGAGGUAGAUAGUGAAAACACAGAGUCAGCCGACACCAGCGGAACCCAGCCGUCUACAGAGAACUCCAGCUCCGGCUCCACCCUCUAUCACGCCAGUGUAGAGGAAGGGGGUGUGGUCAAUGGCCUGCGGAGGGCAGAAUCGGAGCACACGCAGGCGUCCGACUCCUUGUCAAGUGAGGAUGAGGAUGAUCUUGAGCUGGAAGCCAUGGCCAGGUCUCGGCUGUUGAAACAGGAGCGGGAGAAAAGGGAGGCAAUUGACUCUCUGUUCCGCCAUGUGCUGCUGUAUCCCGUGACUGGCGGCUGGCGACGUCUUCUUCAGGGCCUCGCCCUGCUGGACAGUCUGCUGAGGAGCAGUGCUCAGCGGCCUCUGGUGGAUGCCCUCUCCAACACCUCGCUAGACACUAGCUCUGCUGCCCAUCUAAACCUUGUUUCCAAUCUCCUACAGCGCCACCAACAGGCCCAGGACGGCACGGGCUUCUAUGGCCGCCUGCUCUCCCCUGCUUCCUCCCCAUCCGUGCCCCCAUCCCUGCUUAUCGAGCUGCUGGUCUCCCUGUGUCUACGAUUCCUACGGUCUCAUUACCCAUCCUACCUGAGCCUGGCUCCGUAUGACCUCCAGGGUAACAGGGAGGUGCAGGUCAAGAGUGUGGAGGUGCUGACCCACAUUAUGAAUCAACUAGUCCAUAUGGCACGUAGACAGGAAGGUAAUGGGUCCAGUAUGGAGCCCAUCCGCAGACUCCUCUCUGACUGUAAAGUGCAGCAGUACACCCUGCUGACCCUCUCCGCCUCCAUGUACAUCAGCCAAAGGGGGGCGGACAAGGCGGCCCCCAGGAGUCUGGAGCUGCUGGAUGAACAUGGCGGCCUGUCGGAGGAGAAUCUGGUGAACCUGGGAGCCGGAGGAGGGCAGGAACAGUUCCCUUUACAAAUGGAGCUCCUCAAACUCCUCCAGGUUCUCAUAGUCCUGGAGUACAACGUAUGGCCCAACGGGGCCGUCUCAGCGGCAAGAUCAGGGGGUGCAUCCGGACGCCCCGAGGAGAUUCGCGACCCGCCUACGGCCACCACGCCUCUGGCCCGGGAGUGGCAGACGGCGGUGCUGUUCCAGCAGUCCAUCAAGGCGUCCCAGUAUGUCCAGAGCCACCCCAUCACCGCUCAGGGGAUGUUUGUCUCUGCGGCAGCCCGGGCUCUCCAGCCGCAGUACGGCUACGCCAUGCACCCCCACUGGGUCUCGCUGCUCUGCUCCUCGCUGCCCUACCUGGGCCGCUCACUCGGCAUCAUUGUGGCGCCGCUCCUCUCUCAGAUCUGUGACAACUUGAACGAACUGGUCAAAGUGUAUGAACAUGACGGAGGGAAGGCUAUUCAGAGCCUAAGUGGCAGGAAAGAGAACAUCGCCCCGGAUUACCCUCUGACUUUACUUGAAGGCCUGACCGACAUCACACAUCACUGCCUACUGGAAAACAAGAGAUCGCUGGUGGCGUGUGAUCCUGCGGACAUUCGCAACGCGAGCAACGCUGUCAUCGAGCAGCUGCCGCACAUGUUCAGCAGCAUGGCGCUGCUGUGGGGCGUGGUGCGGAGAGAGGAGUCUCAGAAAAGGAGCCCCGACUCGGCUCAGGGCGGCAAGCACACCUCCACCUCCGUCUACUUCAAAAGCACCAAGAUCCUGCGACAAAGGAUACUGGAGUUCCUGAUCCCCCUGACCGGGCAGUACGGGGUUCAGCUCAUGGCCUCGCUUGGCGUUGUGUGGAGCAGCAGGAAGAAUAAGAGGAGACACAAAAACAAAGUUUUGCCUGUGGCCAGUGACUCUCGCCUGACCAUAGUGGACCUGGUUAAAUCAUUGCACACGCUGCACACAGACACUAUAUUACACCUGGUCAAAGAGGUGGUGAAGAAACCGCAUCAGAUUAAAGGAGACCAGAAAUCCACCCUGGUAGACAUUCCCAUGUUACAGUUCAGCUACGCCUACAUCCAGAGUCUUUCCGAUCAGACCUUGCAGGAGAACGUGGCUCCUCUGCUCAGUCUCCUGCGAGAUUCCGUCCAGCUCAACCUGGCUCCUCCUGGGUAUUUCCUACUGCUGGGAAUCCUCAAUGACUUCGUCAAUCGUCUCCCAAACCUUGACAACAAGAAGGACACGCGAGAUUUGCAGGAGGUGACCCAGCGGAUCCUGGAGGCUGUGGGCGGGGUCGCCGGGUCGUCUUUGGAGCAGACCAGCUGGCUUAGUCGCAACCUAGAGGUCAAAGUUCAGCCGCAGGUGUGCCCCGAAGCAGAGGAACCAGAUGACGCAGAUGCUGAUGGCGAGCUUUAUGACUCGGUGGCCCAGGCCAGCACCAUGGUCUCCUCCUCAGCCCCUUCCGUGUACAGCGUGCAGGCCCUAGCCCUGCUGGCUGAGAUUCUGGCUCCGCUCCUGGACAUGGUGUAUCGCAGUGAUGAGAAGGAGAAAGCGGUUCCUCUCAUCUCUCGGCUCAUGUAUUAUGUUUUCCCUUACCUGAAGAACCACAGUGCCUACAACAUGCCGAGCUUUGGCGCUGGAGCUCAGCUCUUAAGCAGCCUGAGUGGGUACGCCUACACAAAAAGGGCUUGGAGGAAAGAGGCCUUUGAGCUGUUCAUGGACCCUCUCUUCUUCACCAUGGAUGACUCCUGUGCACCCCACUGGAGAUCCAUCAUUGACCACCUGCUGACCCAUGAGAAGACCAUGUUUAAAGACAUCAUGAGUAUGCAGAGCAGCUCGCUGAAACUGUUCACUAGUGCGGAGCAGAAGCCCAUGCUGCUAAAACGCCAGGCCUUCGCCAUGUUCAGCGGUGAACUUGACCAGUACCAUCUCUAUCUGCCCCUCAUCCAAGAGCGUCUGACUGAGGCCUUGCGAGUGAACCAGACCCCAGCUGUUUUUGCUCAGAUUUUCCUGAUGUUUCGGGUUUUAUUGCUGCGAAUCUCACCCCAGCACCUCACCUCGCUUUGGCCCAUCAUGGUGACAGAACUGAUCCGCAUAUUUACACGUCUGGAGAAAGCCCUGCAUGAAGACAAGGAGGUCUCGAAGCUGGCUAAGGUGGUGCGUGGAGCCCUCGACAGGAACGGCCCGGUUAACUUCCCGCAGUCAGAGCUGGACAUGUACCUGUCUGCCUGCAAGUUCCUGGACACCUCCCUGGCCUUCCCUCCAGACAGGAUGCCCCUUUUUCAGAUGUACCGCUGGGCAUUUGUUCCCGAGGUAGACGUGGACCGCUACAGUGGCCCAGAGAAUGCUCUUCUAGAAGGGGAGCAGGAAUGCAAACCCCACGUUGUCAGAGUGCUGGAGGGAAUACAGCAGCGAUACAGGGCUCUGAACGGGCUAAAUGAGGAGUCGUCUACAGAGCACUUGGAGUUCCCCCUUCUCACCCAGCACUCCCUGUCCUCCAUUACCCAACUCGUGCCCUUCCUCCGCACCCUUUGCUGCUCCUUCCGGGGACCUCCGCUCCAAAGUCCCUCAAUGAGCCACCCAGUGGCCCACCUCCCGGUUGCAGACUACCCGGCAGCCAGCGCUGACAAAGUCCUGAGGAGGCUGGAGCGCUUCAUCGAGGAGGAGUUCCUCGACUCCAUGGAGAGUUAAAAGUGUAAAGAGAGGAAAAAAUGCACAGUUUUCUGAACUUUACUAAGCCGCCUUCUCCAACUUCGAACCCUUGGGGGAAAUAUACUGUAGCCAUAUUAAAGGCGUCACCUAGGAUGGGCAUAACCACUGUAAAUACUGAAUGGAAGGAAGAAAAAGCGGAAAUGUUUUGGAGUGCUGUUUUAACGUCUUAACUUGUCCAGUAUCUACACUAAUACGUUCUACUUCUGGUGUACUUUCACAUUGAAUCUGCACCGGAAACCCCCGCUGGGUGUGUGCAGUAGUUAUUUGCAAUGGGAUUUGGGGAUAUCAGGAAUUUUUAGGGAGGUAUUGAGUGUAUGUGCUUAUUAUUCCUUCCUUCCUUCCCGGUUUAGUAGCAUGGCCGUAACGUGUUCUUCACUUUUUGGGGGGGUUUAUUCUUAUUUCCUUUACUGGGUUUACAUUUAAUCUUUUUUUUUUCUUUCACUGAGGGUAAAAAAAAAGGCUGUUUGAAGACAAGUAAUUGGUCAUUUAGCCAAAAAAAAAAUUUUUUUUUUAAAUCAAACUGUCUACCACAUUAUAAUAAUGAUAGUAGUAGUUCAGAUGCAGUGUUAAGAGCAACGCUGGAUCUUCAUAAUGAAAAGUCUUACUCGUCUCGCCGUCGCUUUCCGAAACGUCCUGUUGAACAACGCUCAGCCCUGGUAGCGUGCAGUCUGUCUGUCUGUCUGACUUCUAGAAUGUAACACAGGACCUCGUGUUGACAGGACGCCGUCGAAUGUGAAUUUCCUUCUUGGUCGUUAUUUGUAGGACACCAGACCUCCCGAGUCCCUUUCGUGAAGAUGGACGUUGGUGGUGUCUGAUGCCCAGGUUACUGAAUGUUAUGUAUACGGGAACACUGUUUUGAAUUUCCUCAGAUACCUAAGAUGCAUGCCUGCCAUUUUUCUUUGGUGUUUUAUUCAAGGGAACUCUUCAAGUUUUUAUUUAUUUGUGGAUAGCUUUUACAACUUGCCGUAGUUUUAUUUCUCUUGUCCCUGACUGCCGGGGUAAUUUAUUUCAAAUGCUAAUGAACAUGUCAUGUUUUGGAUUAACAAAGGUGCGUAAAUAAAAUGAGCUGAUA